AUGGCUGGGGGUGUGUUCACAGGUGCCAAUCCUACUUAUGUGGCCCGCGAGCUGGCAUACCAGCUACAGGACUCUGGAGCCAAAUUCUUGAUCUGUGCGGAGGCGAGUCUGGAUACUGGUAUCGAAGCAGCAAAUGCAGCAGGCCUCUCUCACGACAAGGUCUUUGCAUUUGACAACGGCUAUGCGACAUUCGACAACAACGGAAAGGGACGUGGAGAUGUCAGGCAUUGGACCAGAUUACUUGCCAGCCCCGCUGAGAGCCGUGACUUUGCCUGGGAAGAGUUGAGCUCUAGCGAAGAGUUGAAUCGCACCAUCUGCCUCAAUUACUCGUCAGGAACGACGGGUGUACCAAAAGGUGUUAUGAUCACCCAUAAAAACUAUGUCAGCAACAACCAGGGCGUAGUUCGUGUUGCAAAGUCUGUUCCAGAAUAUGAACAGAACAAGAAGACUGCAAGGUGGCUCUGCAUGCUUCCAAUGAUACCGACCUAUGUCAUGCAANAGUUCGACUUUCUCAAGAUGUUGAGCUAUAUCGAGAAGUACAAGAUCACCGACUUGAACAUGGUUCCCCCGAUUGCCGUUGCGAUGGCCAAGAGUCCUGCUGCCAAAAAGUGUGAUCUGAGCUCAAUAAGGUAUAUCGGAUCCGGUGCGGCACCACUCGGAAGCGAGGUCUCAAAGGAAGUCGAACAGUUGUGGCCGAAGGGUAAGAUGAACUUGAAGCAAGGAUGGGGCAUGACAGACUGGGAUUUGACCAAGAUCUCGAAGUCCAAUGCAGUCGGAGAACUGAACCCCAAUGUUGAAGCCAUGAUUGUAGACGUAGCAUCGGGAUCCGAGGUUCAGAAAGGGCAAAGAGGUGAACUCUGGGUGCGAGGGCCAACUGUGAUGAAAGGCUACUGGAACAAGCCAGAUGCGACCAAAGAUACUCUAACCUCAGACGGUUGGCUGAAGACUGGUGAUGUAGCCUACCUCGACGAAGAAAAUCAUCUUUUCAUUGUAGACCGCAUCAAGGAAUUGAUCAAGGUCAAAGGUAAUCAGGUCGCACCUGCUGAGCUGGAGGCACUGCUUCUCGACCAUCCCGCUAUCACAGAUGCUGGCGUAGUUGGAGGUGAAGAGCUGCCUCGAGCCUAUUUGGUACGAAGCGCAGACCAAAAGAUUGAGGCUCAGGAUAUUCAGGACUUUAUGAACAGCAGAGUCGCGAAGCACAAACGUCUGGCUGGCGGUGUUGUGUUCAUAGAUGCAAUCCCGAAGAACNCCUGCAAGAUCUUGCGCAAAGUGUUGCGUGAUCAGGCAAAGGCAGAAGUGGGAGACUCUGAGGCUAAAGCAGCGCGUCUCUAG